CUUCGUAUGGUCAGUCGUCACUGAGUUGUGCUUCAAACGAAGAGGCAUUUCUUUGGAAUGCACUUCUGUUGAGUGUUUUAUUGGCUUUGUUUUUUCUUGUCUUCUUUGUUAUUUUUUUUGGAAUAAUUCUCUCUCCUUCUCUGUCUCUGUUCGUCGAUCUAAGCUCAGUCACAAGGCUUUGCACCUCCGGCUUAAGGGUUAUAAGGCUUUACGUGGAGAAAUGCAAGGCGAUUGUGAUUUCGCUUGAAAUGAUUUGAUGUGUGCUUUUGAUGUUCGGUUUGGAGAUUUUGACUGGUUGCUUUUGGAGUUAAAUUAGAUUGUUCUGUGAACUCUUGGUGAUUAUUUUGCCGUUGCGAAUGUUAUGAUCGAAUGAUCGACUUGAGAAUUCUGUGUAGUUCUGGAGAGUUUUAUGUCAUCAAUUGCCUAUAUUAACAAACAAAGAUGACGGUGACACCGAAUAUCUCCAUCAAUGAUGGGAACUUGGUUGUUCAUGGGAAAACCAUAUUGACCGGUGUGUCGGACAACAUCAUCCUAACUCCCGGAACUGGUGCUGGACUUCUCGCUGGUGCUUUCAUUGGUGCCACAGCCUCCUCUAGCAAAAGCCUUCAUGUUUUCCCCAUUGGUAUCUUAGAGGGUUUUCGAUUCAUGUGCUGUUUCCGAUUCAAGCUAUGGUGGAUGACUCAGAGAAUGGGAACCUGCGGGAAGGAUGUUCCCUUGGAGACCCAGUUCAUGCUCAUAGAAAGCAAAGAUACCGUCGAAGGGGGAAACCAGGAGGAAUCCCUAGUCAUCUACACCGUCCUCCUCCCUCUCCUGGAAGGCCAGUUCCGUGCCGUUCUCCAAGGCAACGAGAAGAAUGAGAUCGAAAUUUGCCUCGAGAGUGGAGACAAUGCUGUUCUGACCAAUCAAGGCCUUCACCUUGUUUACAUGCAUGCUGGGACCAACCCCUUCGAAGUCAUCAACCAAGCUGUAAAGGCCGUGGAAAAACACAUGCAAACUUUCCUUCACCGAGAAAAGAAAAAGUUGCCAUCUUUCCUUGACUGGUUCGGUUGGUGCACGUGGGAUGCUUUCUAUACUGACGUUACAGCUGAGGGAGUCGUUGAAGGCCUCACAAGCCUGUCCGAAGGAGGGACCCCUCCACGUUUUCUUAUCAUCGACGAUGGUUGGCAACAAAUUGGCAGCGAAGUAAAGAAUGAUGUUAAUUGCGUCGUCCAAGAAGGAGCACAAUUCGCUAGCAGAUUAACAGGAAUAAAAGAGAAUGCAAAAUUCCAAAAGAAUGACAAGAAUGGCGAGCAAGUCUCCGGCCUAAAGCAUGUUGUGGAGGAAGCUAAGGAACAUCACAACGUGAAAUUUGUUUAUGUUUGGCAUGCUCUAGCUGGUUACUGGGGUGGUGUGAAGCCAGCUGCUGCAGGCAUGGAGCACUACGACAGUGCAUUGGCAUACCCAGUGCAGUCACCAGGAGUAUUGGGAAACCAACCAGACAUUGUCAUGGAUAGCCUCGCUGUGCAUGGGCUUGGACUCGUACACCCAAAGAAGGUCUUCAACUUCUACAAUGAGCUUCAUGCCUACCUGGCUUCAUGCGGGGUAGAUGGUGUUAAGGUUGAUGUACAGAACAUCAUUGAGACCCUUGGUGCUGGUCAUGGUGGCCGUGUCAGUCUUACUCGCAGCUAUCAUCAGGCCCUUGAAGCUUCCAUCUCUCGCAACUUCCCUGAUAAUGGAUGCAUUGCUUGCAUGUGCCACAAUACCGAUGGUAUAUACAGUGCCAAGCAGACUGCCGUUGUGAGAGCAUCUGAUGACUUCUACCCUAGGGACCCUGCUUCUCACACCAUCCAUAUCUCAUCAGUGGCGUAUAACACCCUUUUCCUGGGAGAACUCAUGCAGCCUGACUGGGAUAUGUUCCAUAGUCUACACCCUGCUGCAGAGUAUCAUGGUGCAGCUCGAGCCAUUGGUGGAUGCGCAAUCUAUGUCAGUGACAAGCCUGGCAACCACAACUUUGAGCUAUUGAGGAAAUUGGUCCUUCCUGAUGGAUCAGUACUGCGUGCUCAACUUCCAGGAAGACCUACCUGCGACUGCCUCUUUGUUGAUCCGGCCAGAGAUGGAACCAGCUUGCUCAAAAUUUGGAAUAUGAACAAAUGUUCUGGUGUGGUGGGUGUCUUCAACUGCCAAGGUGCUGGGUGGUGCAAGAUCGCCAAGAAGACAUGCAUUCACGAUGCAUCUCCUGGUACACUCACUGGGUCUGUGUGUGCUACAGAUGUUGACCUUCUUUCUCAAGUUGCAGGAUCCAAUUGGAAUGGUGAUGUUGUCGCGUAUGCACAUAGAUCAGGGGAGGUGGUUCGGCUACCAAAAGGUGCUUCACUGCCAGUGACCCUCAAGGUUCUGGAAUUUGAACUUUUCCACUUCUGCCCCCUCAAGGAAAUCACAUCCAACAUCUCCUUUGCACCAAUUGGCCUGCUUGAUAUGUUCAACACCGGUGGAGCUGUGGAGCAAUUCGACGUCCAGAUGGCUACUGAUGACAAGAAACCAGAACUCUUUGAUGGUGAAGUUCAGUCUGAGAUUGCAAGUUGCCUCAGUGAAAGCCGGUCACCAACUGCAACAAUAGUUCUCAGAGUCAGGGGAUGCGGCAGAUUUGGUGCUUACUCGUCCCAGCGUCCACUGAAAUGCAUUGUAGAAAAUAAGGAGACUGAGUUCAAUUAUGACUCCAACACCGGACUACUGACAUUUAACCUUCCAGUCCCAGACAAAGAGAUGUAUAGAUGGCCUGUAGGAAUCCAUGUUUAAGUAGUAGAUAUGGAAAUAACGAUUAAGGAAAAUGUUAUCACUGUUAGAGAAAAAGGUGGAGGUCAUGUAGGUGGUCUGUUAGUCAGCAAUGGAUGUAUGAUGGCAUGUAUCUGUUUUUGUUUAACUGAUACUAUAUAUGUAUGUAGAGAUAGAGAGAGAGAGAGAGAGAAUGGAAUAACUAGAGAACUACUUUGGUUCUUUGUAAUAAAAGGUGUUGUGUUUGUUAUCUUUGA